AUGAGGAAAGACCAACAACAACAACCCCAACUGAACGAGCUGUUACCACAGCCGAAUCGGACACAAAUACAGCAACAACAAUCACAAAGGCAGUCACAGCAAAAACAGCAUCAGAGUAUCCUACCACAGUUGCAAGUUCGGCAACAACAACAAUUUCAACAACUGCUACGACCAAACCUUCUCGAACAGCAGCAGCCACAACAACCACUUCCUCCGCAGCCAAUAAAGAUGCCGAUGCACCAACAGAGGGCUCCGCAGCAACCGCAACUGCAGCGGUUGAUGCAGCAAUUGCAACAACCAUUUCUUGGUAACCCUGAAAUCAUGAACUGGGAUGAGAAAUUCGCCAGCAUUUUGGCUUUUGCCGCUGCGGCGCUGAGUAAUAGUCCGUUUAACUUGCAACAGUUUCUCAAUGUCACUGCAAGCACCAUGGCACAGAAUGGCCAAUAUAAUUCCGCUUUAGGCAAUCCACAGCAGAUGCCUCCACCUCCCCCCCCUCAACAACAACAUCAAUGUUUAUCGCAACAGCAACCACCACAACAACAAGUCAAUUCAUCUCAAACACAAUUCCAACAACAAUCAAAUGUCGCCACGAGUAUUAACGAUGACACUUUG